UGGUAGUUUACCGUGCCAACAUAUUUGCCCCUGUUAGAAUUCCGAAUGACCUUGUUACUUCUCUCUCUUUCUCCCGGCCCCUCCUCCGCCGUCCGCCAUUGACGCGCAUCUCUCGAGUUCCGAGCUCGACCAAUCGGAGUUGAGCUUUGUUCAUAAACUGCAAAAUUCGAGAAGAUGAAGCCGUCUUCUGGACGUAUCGACAUUGCUGCUAACGCUAAGAAGCUCGAUGUCGAUAAUCGUAUUUCACUGCGUAUUUACUUCAGGAUCGCCGAUAAUAUACUCAGACAGGCUACUAUCUUCCGGAACGAGAAGAAUAUUAUAGACCUCUAUGUUAUGCUUCUGAGAUUUUCGAGUUUGGUAUCUGAGACUAUCCCACGCCAUAGAGAAUAUGCAGCAUCUCCACAAAGCAAAAAAAGUUCAUUGAAGAAGCAAUUGCUAAUUACUUUGACUGAAUUGGAGGCAUUGAAUCCAGCCGUAAAGGAGAAGGUUAAAGAACUAGAAAGAAAGCCCAGGUACCAAGUUAUUGGUUGGAACUAUAAUGAUCGUCCCAACGAAAAUCAUUCUCUUAGUUCUUCCAUGCAAUGGCCUCCCAUCAAUGCACACUGUCCAACUAAUAAUCAAAUAGUUAAGGCAACGCAAAUUUUUUCUGAUGGUGUAUAUGGAGGUUUAAAUGCUCAGCAGAAAGUUCAUACCAUCCCUCUGGAAGAGAGGUUUCAAAAAUUAUCUCUUUCCAUUCCCCGUCCAAAGGAGGAAACACUUUUAAGACAUUCAAUUCUGGGACCAAAUGGGCUCUGCGGGCAGUGGCAACCACCUGUCGCUGAUAAAGGGGUUCGUUACCCCAGUAUUAUUGAUACGACUCCUGUUGAGAUUCCAAGGCUCCAACAGGUCAUGGCUAUUGAAGAUGGGGCUGCAGCAAUUAAAGGUGCUAGCACCUUGAAUUGUGAAAAACCAAGUCUUCAACCUACACCUGAACCUGCUAUUGAUAGUCAGAAGCCACAAGAUGACGAGAAGCCAAUGAUUUUAUUUGAAACGUCUGAUGUUCCUGAUACAGUUAUUGUCAAGCAACCUAGCCCUCCAGCUAUACUUGCAGAGGUGCAAGACUUAAUCUCUGCAGAGCCACCUCUAACGACCGAAAUACACGACACAAUGGAUAGUUCUUUGCAAGAUAGUUUGCUUCAGCCAGAAUCUCCAAUGGAGCUGCACAUAUCAACAAGUAUGAUGGAUACAUUCUUGAGACUGGCUAAAUCGAAUACCUCAAAAAAUCUGGAGACUUGUGGUAUUCUUGCCGGUUCACUUAAGAACAGAAAAUUCUAUAUUACAGCUUUGAUAAUUCCGAAGCAGGAAUCAACAACCGAUACCUGUCAGGCGACAAAUGAAGAGGAGAUAUUUGAAGUACAAGACAAAAGAUCGCUUUUCCCAUUGGGAUGGAUUCAUACUCAUCCCACACAAUCAUGUUUCAUGUCAUCAGUUGAUGUUCAUACCCAUUACUCAUAUCAGGUCAUGUUGCCUGAAGCUGUUGCAAUUGUAAUGGCACCAAGAGAUAGAAACAAAACUCAUGGCAUUUUCCGAUUGACAACCCCUGGUGGCAUGUCGGUUAUUAGACAUUGUGAGCGGCGUGGAUUUCAUUCACAUGAACAGCCUGCUGAUGGCGGACCCUUAUACAAACAAUGUACAGAUGUAUAUAUGAAUCCCAAGUUGAAGUUUGAUGUUAUUGAUCUUAGAUGAUUAUUGUUGAAUUGCAUUAUUUUUUCCCCUUCCCCCAUUUCUGGAUAGCCGAAGGCAUUGUGUUUCACUCUGGCUUUGUAAUUGUCAGAUAACAGUACAUAUUGUAAAAUGAAAAAGAAAUAGAUGCAUUUUGAUUUUCUUGUGUACUGGCAGUUGUAUUUUGUAAGAUGUGAUAAUUCAAACAUAACUCAUUGUAUAAAUAAUGACAAUAUCAUUUGGUUUUCCAAAUUAAUACAAUACUUGAACCAGAAACUAUA